ACCAAUGGACAGCGUGUACUCGGUGGAGCCAGCACCGGGUGGUGCCAGCCCCACUUCGCUGGAUGUGCUCGGCUUCCUGGACACCCUGGCGAACAGCACAGAGGAGCAAUGUUUCAGUGCCCGCUCCCGCAGCACUGUCCUGCAAGGCCUGCCCUUCGGUGGUGUGCCCACUGUGCUCGCCAUCAACUUCAUCCUCUGGCUGCUUCUCCUUCUGGUCUUCUCCUGCCUUCGGAAAGCAGCUUGGGACUAUGGCCGCCUGGCACUGCUGAUGGACAAUGAUAGUUUGACAUCGCUUUUCUAUGGCGAGCAGAGUGAGAAAGAGAAGUCCCCAUCUGAGACCAGCCCCCUGGACACGGACAACAAGGAUGUGGGAUUCUGCUCCUGGCUUAUUUCUAUCUACCAAAUGAAGGAUGAGGAGAUUCAGAGUAAAUGUGGGAUCGAUGCCACCACAUACCUCUCCUUCCAGCGACAUCUUCUGGUCCUGCUCAUGCUGGUCUGUGUGCUCUCUGUGGCUGUUAUCCUGCCUGUCAACUUUUCAGGGGACCUCCUGGGAAACAAUCCCACCCACUUCGGGCGGACAACCAUCGCCAACAUCCCAACACAGGACCGUCUCCUGUGGCUUCACAGUAUCUUCGCCCUCAUCUAUUUCAUCCUUACCAUUCUCUGCAUGGCUCAUCACUCUGUCCAUCUCGAAUACAGGGAGAACGAGAAGGUUGCUCGAACGCUGAUGGUCACCCGGAUUCCCAAGGAGAUAACGGACCCUUCCCUGAUCAUCAAGCAUUUCCAUGAGGCGUACCCCAGCUGCACGGUCACCAAUGUCCAGUUCUGCUUCGACGUGCGCAAGCUCAUGAAGCUGGAUGCGGAGAGGCGCAAGGCAAUGAAGGGACGGCUUUACUUCACCACCAAGGCACAGAAAGAAGGGAAGAUCAUGAUCAAAACUCACCCUUGUGCCCGCAUCUUCUGCUGUCGCAUCUGUGGCUUUGAGCAGGUGGAUGCUGAGCAGUACUAUGGAGAGUUGGAGGAGAAACUCACUGACGAGUUCAACGCUGAGCGCAAUCGCAUCACGCUCAAGCGUCUCGACAUGGCCUUCGUCACCUUCCAGGAUGAGAGGAUGACAGCUGUGAUUUUGAAGGACUAUGGUCGCAUCCACUGUCGUAAGCAUCCCCAGCAAUCCUCUGUGACUACAGUGGUCAAGUCACACCACUGGGGUGUUUGCUAUGCACCUGCACCCAGUGAUAUCAUAUGGGAGAAUUUAUCUGUCCGUGGCACAUCAUGGUGGGUGCGAUUUGUCCUCCUUAACAUCUGCCUCUUCAUUCUCCUCUUCUUCCUUACCACACCGGCCAUCGUCGUCAACACCAUGGACAUGUUCAAUGUCACACGGCCUGUGGAGAGCCUCAAGAAUCCCAUCAUUACCCAGUUCUGCCCUACACUGCUGCUCUGGGCCUUCUCUGUCUUCCUGCCCUUCAUUGUCUACUACUCUGCAUUCUUCGAGUCACACUGGACAAGGUCAAGUGAAAAUCAACUCACAAUGCACAAGUGUUUCUUCUUCCUGGUGUUUAUGGUCAUCAUCCUGCCUUCGCUGGGGCUGACCAGUUUGGAUCUUUUCUUCCGCUGGCUCUUUGACAUGCACUUUCUGGAUGAGGCCGAUAUCAAGUUCCAGUGCGUUUUCCUCCCAGACAAUGGCGCUUUCUUUGUCAACUACGUCGUCACCUCCAGCCUGAUUGGGACGGCCAUGGAGCUGCUGCGCAUCCCUGGCCUCCUUGUCUACACCACCCGGCUCUGCUUCGCCAAAUCUGAGCCCGAACGGCUCCACGUCAAGCGGAGCCAAGCCUACCAGUUCCAGUUUGGGCUGGAGUACGCCUGGACCUGCUGCAUCUUCUCAGUUGUCAUGACCUACAGCAUCACUUGCCCCAUCAUUGUCCCCUUCGGGUUGCUCUACAUGCUGCUGAAGCACAUGGUCGACCGGUACAACAUCUACUACGUGUACAUCCCCACCAAGCUGAACCAGCGCCUCCAUGUUGCUGCCAUCAGCCAGGUCGUGGUGGCCCCCAUCCUCUGCAUGUUCUGGCUGCUCUUCUUCUCCGUCCUGCGCCUCGGUCCUACCCGUCCUGUUACCCUCUUCACUUUCGUGGUCCUUCUUUCUUGCAUCAUCUUCUCCUUCUUUGGCCUCUGCCUGAAGAAGCUGCAGCCACGGAAACCUUCCAGCUACCAGAUGUCCGACCAGUCUGACAGCGCCUUCAACGACACGGAGCGGAGCAGCGUCUCCUCCACCCCCAACUCCAACCUCUUCGUGGCCACCGUCCUGCAGGAGCCCGAGCUGAGCCUCACGCCGGCGGCCUCUCCAGCACACCAGUCCUACGGGACCAUGGGCCUGGGUGAGCUCGGGCUGGGUCUUCCUGGGCACCAGUGUCCCUUCCUCAAGUCAGGCCUGGAAGCACAGUCCCAGCUCCUCAACGACAUGGCAACCUCUCAGUGCUGCACAGUGAGGCACUAG